UCACUCAUGUUCCGGUCAUGAGGUUAUCUGCCUGGAGAUAGAAUAUUAAAGCUCAAUAAAUUGGCGCGUCCUGGUGAACCAAUGUCAGUGAGCGACGGACUGUAGUCGCAGUGAGAAAUUGUAAAUAAUUGUGUUAGUGCUCUGAUUUAUAUUUUUAAUAGAGUGGACCAACACAUCAACAUGAAGCGUCUUUUGAUCUUAGGCGCUGUUUGGGCUCUAGCAGUGGCUAGACCUGAGCAAUAUAAAGAACAGGAAGAUUUCCAGUAUUCAAGGAGCUCCUCGGAUGAUGGAACUAAGUCCGGGUAUUAUGGAGCUCAGAGAGGUAACAUGGGUGGAAACUACGAACGUGCUCACAACAUGGACUCCUUAGCUCAAAAUCAGAUGAGUGGCCUCGUGAAACAAGUCGAAGGUGAAUUAGGUGACGGAGCUAAUACGAAAGCUGGAAGCGUUUACACAGCAGCCAAUUCUAGAGGUAUAUACGGCUCCAGUCACUCUGAUCUCAGCAACCUCGCUGGGCGUAACUUCCAAGAGGGCGAAACUUACGGAAGCUCAGCAUCGCAUCAGUCUUCAUCCUCAGCUUAUAAUGCUGCAGCUUACAAUGCUGCCGCUUACAAUAGCCGAUCACACAGUUCAAGGGCCAGUGGAUAUCAAGCGACAGGACACUCUGGUUUAAAUGUACAUUCUGAUGACCUUCAGUCACUAGAUAACACACAAGGAACCUAUGGUUACGGCAGGCAAUCAAGUCACAGUGCAGGAUAUAAUGCUCAGGCCGGCUUCCAACAGCAUACUGAUUUUGACGCCAGUAAUGCUAAUUUACAUUCAGGAGGCUAUGGAUCAAAUAUUCACACUAGAUUGAUAAGUGCAACGCCAGUGAGAAUUGUUGGGAGACCUGGCAUGAGAGUGGCCAUACCAAUAGCUGCCCAGACAUACGACAUUACACACGGGUCUUCUUUAAUGGAUCAAAAUUCUCUCAAUAGUGAUGCUGAAGUUUUAAAUACUGAUACUCAACAUACCGUUUACAGACCCACUGCUGCUAAACAUUAUGAAUCGUCUUUUAACUAUCGUAAAAAAUGGGAAAAACAUGACACUAUUCCCUCAGCCGUUUUCGUACCAGUACCAGCAACGUCUACAGAAAACCCUUUCCCUAAAAACAGUGAACUCUACGAGGACAGUCAAGCACACACAGCUCAAUAUGAUGCGGGUAGAGUGGAUUCUCAAAGAGCUCAUUCAAGUAAUGUAUAUAGCGGAUAUGAUGCCAAUGUUAAAUCAACAUCUGGUCAAUCUCGUUUAAAUUAUAACACACAACACACUGGAGCUUCAACGCACGAUGUUGCAAACGCCUACACUGUGGCGGGUUACAAUAGAGGUUCCAGCCAUCACAACGCUGCAGCAGACCUUAGUUCUCAUGGUUAUAACACGCAAUCCCAAUACAAUACCGGAAGAUAUCAAGGACAUGCAGCAGUGGAAGAUGCCAGUUCUCUUCUUCAAGCAGCUCAAAAUAGUGGAUAUAGCACAGAUCUGAACAGUCAAGUCGAGAAUUUGAACACAAAACCUAAAAGUUAUCAAUCUUCGUAUUCUUACCACAAAUCGUGGGAGCGUCAAGGAGACCCUUACGUCAUUAAGCCAGCAUCAGCUGGUUACUACGACGCCUCUGCCCAAAGAUUGACAGCGGGUACGGCGUCUGGCUCACAUUACCAACAUUCACAUCACAGUGGAGCAGAUUGUGACGAAAAUGGCCAUAUUCGCGUGGCUCGUUCCUACAACGCAGAUCAGUUUCAAGAUAUGCAGCAACAAAGCCAAAAUUUGGAAGAUUUGGGGCAGCAAGUAGAGGAUUUAGGACAACAAACACAAGUUCAAUGGGGCCAAGGAGAAGAUGUUCAGCAGGUUCAAAAUACGUGGGACAACUUAGAAGAUUUGAGUCAACAGUCACAUAAUAAGUGGGACGACUUACAUCAAGCUUGGGAUAAAUUCGAAGACAUGGGACAAAAACCUCAAGACGUAAAUACGCAAAUAUCUAAUCUUGAACAAAAUAAUCAAAAUGAUCUGGGGCGACGACGUCAAGAAAACACAAGUGAUUUAAAAAAUAAUAAACAAGACCAAGAAGCACAGAAUGAGUGGGAAGUUACCAGCCAGACCCAGGAAGAGAAAGAAAAUAUGUACAAUCAACAUCAUGAACAGACCAAUGAAUUUGAUCAGCAAGUAAACCAGCCUGGCACUACUGACGAUGAUGUUUUCAGCCAGUACUUUCAAACCUCUAACAAACCACACAGUCAAAUGAGUGUUUGGGACAAGUUAGACUUUGGAUCAUUCCAAAAUGUUGAACACAACAAAAAAGAAGAUGUCAAUUCGAAUGAUCAACAAACAACUUCUAGUUCUAUUUCCCAACACAGAGACUUAGAUCAGCUGCCUGUCAACACUGCAAAUAUCGCAGAUCUGACUCAAUCAGAACAUCACAAUGUAAACUAUAACUCAGGUGAUGAAUCUGUUUGGCAUCAGAUUAAUACUGAUGAUGCCCAACCAUCUCAUAAACUACCAGAAAUUACUGUACCAAGUUACCCUGCACAUUAUUUUGUAGAUAAUGGGUAUUCACAUUCACAGCAUCAAUUUAACCACAAUCAACAAUCAUUUCAACAAAGCCAUAGCUUCCAUGAGAACCACAAUUGGAACAGCUAUGCAAGUAGCCACAGACAUGAACAAACCACAAACACCGAAAGCUUGGCCCAAGUUAAUGCUUUUGGAGUGAAUUCACAAAACUCGCCCCUUUCUAGCAUUUGGGGCAAAUUAGAUAAUGUUGAACAAUUUGAUAAAGAAGAUAACAGCGAAGGAGGUUUUACUCAAAACAACACUCAGAAUGCUUAUGAAAAUUCUAGGCAAGUGGAGACACAAAAUACGGGAGGGUCGAGCCCAAGCUUUUCUCAGGACCAACAUGACAAUCAUAUGAAUCCUUUUUACGAUCUAAUGCACCACAUAAACGAAAAAGACACUACGGAAAAUAGCCCCAAGACAUCAAAGGAAAGUUCAUCAGACGCAGGUCGCGGAGAUAUAGGACCUGAAGUUAUAUCUGACUCAAAACCAUACCAACACUCAAUUGACACACCAGUGAAUGUAGAAACACACAACAACAAUCAAAAACCUAAAAAAGAAACAGAUUUACCCGAUCAUGAAUUAAGUGUUCUGGGAUUGCAUGAACAGAAACCAAUAGAUCAGAAUAAACAGAACGGAUAUAGUGCGACAAACACAAACAAGACACUUACACAGAAUAACUAUCAAGGAACACAGCGUCGUGAGAAUGAGAACUGGUCUAAUCUGCAUGUAUCGAACGAAAACUUGCAACAACAUAACAACAUACAGCAGUCAAGUCAACAACAUAAUAAAACGGAACAACAAAGCAUUCAAGAUUUCAGUCAACAAGAAAACAUGCAAGAUUUUGGGCAGCAAGCGAACCUGGACCAAGAAAACCUUCAAGAAUUUUUACCUCAAACUAGCUUGGAGCAGCAAAAUUUGCAAAAUCUUGGCCAGCAAGCUAACUUGGAGCAACAAAACCUACACAAUUUUGGUCAGGAUAGUGUAGAACAACAAAACAAACAUGAUUUCAGUCAACAAGUUAACCUGGAUCAGCAAGACCUACACGAUUUUGGACAGCAAGCUAGCCUGGAACAACAAAAUUUGCAAGAUUUUGGUCAGCAUGAGAACUUGGAGCAACAAAACCUACAAGAUUUCAGUCAACAAGUUAACAUGGAUCAGCAAAACCUACACGAUUUUGGACAUCAAGCUAGCCUGGAGCAACAAAAUUUGCAAGAUUUUGGUCAGCAUGAGAACUUGGAGCAACAAAAUUUGCAAGAUUUUGGUCAGCAUGAGAACUUGGAGCAACAAAACCUACAAGAUUUCAGUCAACAAGUUAACCUGGAUCAGCAAAACCUACACGAUUUUGGACAGCAAGCUAACUUGGAGCAACAAAAUUUGCAAGAUUUUGGUCAGCAUGAGAACUUGGGGCAACAAAAUUUGCAAGAUUUUGGUCAGCAUGAGAACUUGGGGCAACAAAACCUACAUGAUUUUGGUCAGCACGAGAACUCAGAGCAGCAAAAUUUGCAAGAUUUUGGUCAGCAUGAGAACUUGGAGCAACAAAGCUUACAAGAUUUUGGACAGCAUGAGAACUUGGAGCAACAAAAUGUGCAAGAUUUUGAUCAGCAAGUCAAUCAGGAACAACAGAAUCUACAAGAUUUUGGGCAACAAGCUCACUUGGAGCAACAUAAUUUGCAUCAUAACUUAGAGCAACAAAACUUACAGGAUUUUGGACAGCAAGCUUACCUAGAGCAACAAAACUUGCAAAGUUUUAGCAAACAUGAAAACUUAGAGCAUGCACACCCAGAGUUAACAAAUCAAAACCUCGAGAAAUCAACUGAUUUAGAACGAAAUUUAAAAUACUCUGGCAAAUAUGAACAUCCAGCAACUUAUUUCCCUCCUUCUGGAGAGGUUGAAGACGCUAUAGUGAAAAAACAGAAAAAUGAUUUACAGGCUCCUAAUGUACAAAAUCCAGGUACUGAAAUACCUCCGCAAAUGGAGUCAGUGACUGAAAAGGCUGGAUUCUGGAAAUCUAUUGGAAAUAAACUCUCCAAAGCAAAAACCAAAAUAGCAUCUUGGUUCUAAAGAACACAUGCCAGAAUAUUCUUAAUUAAAAAGCAUAUUUAUUAAAUUACCUAGUCAUAAUGAUAAAUUUGUUAAGCUAAUUUGUAAUUGUAAUUUGCUAUGAUAUGAUUGAUUUGAUGUGGUAUAAGUGUGUGAUAGUAUGGUAUGUAUAAAAAGUUGAGUAUGUAAUGUUUUGUAUACUUACCUCUGGUAAAGAGUGAAAAUAUUUGAUGAAAGCCUGCUGCUGAACAGAAUCUGUAAUGAAUACAUGUAUAUUUAUAAUGUUUAUACGUCUAUUUGUUAAUAAAAUUAUUUUAUAAC